UCACCCAGACAGUCUGAUACAGUUCUGCCUCACAACUUGAGCCUGAUACAGUGGUGGUGUCUAACGUGUAAGGAACUUCCUUAGGGGACCUGAAUUUUUCUGUUCCUGGGCAAUGGAGUUAGGGAAAUACAAGAAAGAAAUCUUAACAGGAGAAACUUUAUGGAAGGAGAAACUGAAGCAGCCCACGCAAAAUGGAGAACCAACUGAGACGGCAGCUGUGAAAGAAAGUUCUUCUCUAAGGUUAUUUUCCAGGGAGCAGGUUCCCUCUGAAUCUGGAGUCCUGAGGUUCACAUUUGUUCCCUCAUUUGGAAGACUGCCAAAUAAGUUUCAUGCUGUAGAUGCCACAUCAUUUCUUGUGAGAGUUUCAGAGGAUCCUUUGGAGAAGAACAAUCAAGAAACUAGAAACAUGAGUGAAGUAGUUGCUGAAGGCCAGGCCAUAGAAAGUGGACCUAAGAGAAACAGUGAAGCCUCUGGAUGUACAAAGAAUAUUCACAAACAUUUACAACCACAAGAGUGUAAUGCAAGAAAAGGGAAAAUGGACAACGAUCUUUUCCAAGCUGAUUUUGUCUUUGUUAUGGACUCAGAUGAAGAGAAAGCAACAAUGGCAGGCAAUGGCUACAGAUAUGCAAGAUCCCAUAUUUUAGACACAUCCCAUGCAUCUACAAGUAGUGAGUCAAGAGGGAAUGAAUCGAAACCACCACAUACUGAGCUUCCACACAGUUCUUCCAGUCAACAGAAACAUUGCCAGUUAACUUCUCCUCUGUCUACGUCUGGUCAUCUUUCCCAUAAAUCACCUGUUACCCAUUCACUUUCUCCAACUAACCUAAAAGUUGAACCUGAUCUGGCUCUUACUCUUCACCAAGGCUCUUCUGUACAAGAAUCCCAAAGCCAGUGGCAGUCUGCAAAUGGAUCCACCACACAUCAGUCCUCUACCUACUUACAGUCUACUGCUUCUUACAGUGUCCCUUUUUCCAUACUGAAAAGACCCACUUUCUCAUUUAACAGCCUUUCAGACAGUGUUCAGUCACCCCGUAACAUCCAAGCUAGCAAUCUUCACAAAAUGUCUGAAUCCACCAAGUCCCCUCUACCAAGCAAGGAUCUGCCUCCCUCUUCACAGAUUUCCAGUUCCUCAGAGACUCUUCAAAGCUCAUCCCCUCACACCCUGUCUCCUCCUCCUCCCAAGAGGUUUAAUACAUUGGCUUCAGUUCCGUUCUACAUCACGACACACCUGUUAUCACCUAGUCCGAAGUGUCUUUCUCCCCCCUGUCAUGGUUCCUCCUCAACCAUAUGUAGUGUAAACGAUCCCUGCAGCCAAAUACCUUCCAAGGGAAAGUCUGGAAUUAGAUCCCCUCUACCAACAAGGCUCUCUCUUUUGACUGCUGUUUUAAAGUCAGGAUCUUCUCCAAAGAGAUCCUUUUCUCCUGUAUCUUGUCCUGCCACAUUUUCUCCCAAUUCCCUAGGCUCUUCGACCCUCACAAUAGACCAAAAGUUUAAAACAAUGCCUCCAACUCCCAAGAAAGUGCCUUCAGAUUAUUCUGUGAGGUCUGAUUCGCCAGGCCAAGAUGAAUAUCACCUUUCAGUGUUUCCAAAUGUACCCAAUCACAUGGCCUUGUCCUCAAAGUCCAGUCCUAGAGCCAGAUCUGUGUCCCCUAAAAGUUAUCUUGAUGCUGGAAAAUCUUCUCCUGACAAAUUACAUCCUUUGUCACCCACCAUUUCCACCUACCGAAAAGCAGUUGUCUCUCCACUAUUGCAUCCAAUGAUGCUGAAUUCUUCUUUACCGCCUCAUGUCCCAAGAAACACUUCUCAAAUUACUUCAAAGAGGGCAUGUUCUCCUGCUCACAGAUAUCGAGGCCCUGAGAAGUCUAAGAAGGUUCAUACUUACUCUCCCACUUUCACCGCCAAGUCUUAUCCAGUAUCUACCCCUACUAGCAACCAACGGGACAUGUUUUCACCCACUUCAGAAAAAUACUCCCCCCUCUCUCCACACUUUUUGCAGUCUACUUGUAAAUCAAAAGCAUAUAUGCCACAAGUCUCUGCUAAGGAUCUAAAUGGUCAUUCACCAGUUCCUUUAUGGUAUUGGCCUUUUUCUCAUAAAGGUUCUACCUCACCUACUUCUUCAGACUAUAGUGUUAGCCCCCGUUCAAUACAGAUUAAUUCCUCCUCCAUUCAUGCAAGCUACAGAGCUUGCCCCCAAUCUUCAAGACCUAGGACCCCAUUAAUGCAACCUAGAUCUCCUACCAGGGUCCGUUCACCAUGUUCACUGCUGUCAAGAUCCAGGGAAUCGACUUCACCCCUGCCUUCUGACUUUAAGGCCCCCCAGCCGCACAAGAUCAAGGCAAGCUACAAGGUCUUUGCAGCAAUCCCAACUAACACAUUGCUUCUGGAGCAGAAGGCACUUAAUGAACCAGAAGGUGAAGAAAGCACUUUGGACACACAUUCAGAGAUCUGUUCCCCUGCCCAGCUGAGACAACAAACUGAAGAGCUGUGUGCUGCAAUUGAUGAAGUCUUACAGGACCCACUGGCUACGCAUCAACAUGAUUCUUCCCCAAGGUCCUUGCAGAACCUGUUGGCUUUAGAUGCAGGCAAGACAUCUACAGCUUUACAGAGACCAGCGGGACGAGAAACAAGAUUUGCUAACCUCAAUUUACGGACGCCCACAGAGAAUGACAGUAAAAAGACAAGACCUGGCGUCAUCCGCCCAUCAACUGUGAAAGCAAAAAUAAUAUAUAAAAAAGAGGAUCCUAUCCAACCAAACCCAUUCAAAAAGUACCUGGAAGAAACCACAGAAUCCCAAACUGAACAGCUUUACUCUGCUCGAGUACAAAGCAAGGCAGACCUGCUACCCCACCAAGAAAACAAAGAUCAAAGCAGAGGAAAUUUUGCAGACAAUGCACUCCCUCACUGCGGGAUUUCUUCUCUACUCAGAGGAGAACCAGGAGAUUAUCCUGCCAAACCCAACUAAGAUUCACCUUAUGAUGCCAGUUGUGGAGAAUGCUUACCAGUCAGCACAAUGCUGGCAUGAAAUCCAAUGCAAAAAUGAACCAAAGUGUUGUGAUUGCUGCCUUUCUCUUAAUUGCAAUGUAUUGGUAGUACACGGCACUGUUUUGAAAUGGCAGCCAGAAAGCAUGGCAGCACAAGAGUCUCACAAAUUGAAAAGAUCCAGGGAAAGGUCCCUGGUCCCAUCUCCCAAAAUGUGUGAUAAACUUCUAAUGUAUUUCGCAAAGUAAAACAGCUGCUUGUUAGAGAAAGCCAGUUCUAUUUUGAAAACAAAUAAAGUUGAAAUAUAAUGUAGAGCACUUCUUGUGAAUGAUUAUGUGGAAUCAGUCUGCAUAAAAUUUCCUGUUCCAUUUGAAGACUGCAGCAACAUUUGUGGCAAAUUGGGUCCUAAAAAUGCUAUUGAUACUACUGGUGUUUUUAGAUUAUGCCUACUGAAUCCCAGUUUACAAGCAUUUUCAGACAGAUUAUUGGCAGUAGAGAUAUCUUAGUUGUACUGUUAAUCUGUACAUUACAUGUUUAUGCUGCUCCUUAUCCAAUUUAUGAUUUUUUAUUCCCAGUUCUAUCCUCAGUAGGUUGAGUGAGAAUGACUGGCCCAAGGUAACAUUUGAUUUCAAGAGAGGGAAAUUCACAAAAAUGAGGGAGAUAGCAAAAAGGAAGGUGAAACAGAAACAUAAGAGAGUCAAAUCCCUGGAGGGUACUUGGAAAGUAUUCAAAACCACAUUAAUUUAAGCCCAGACAGAACGCAUUCCAAGUAUAAAAGAAGGCCUGCAUAGCUAACAACACAAGUUAAGGAAGCUAUAAAAAGUAAAGAGGCUUCUUUUAAAAUUGGAAGAUCUGUUCCAAUGAAUUGAACAGGAGAGACUACCAGCUACAGCAAAAUAAAUAUAAGUCAAUAGUUAGGCAUACAAAAAGGGAAUUAGAAAAGCAGGUUGCUAAAAGCAUCAAGACAAAUAAUAUUUAAAUAUAUCUGAAGCAGGAGAGCAACCAGAGAAACAGUUGGGCCCUUAAGGGAUUGUUAAGGGGAGAUGGCAGAGAUGCUUCUGUGUUCACUGUGGAAAGUGUGGGGCACAUACUCAUACCACAGCCCCUAUUUUCAGAAAGGGAGUCUGAAGAACUGAGUCAAACUGAGGUCACCAGAGAUGAGCUUCUAGGCCUAUUGGGGAAAUUGAAAACCGGUAAGUCUCUAGGUCCUGAUGGCAUAUACCCAGGAGUUCUUAGGGAACUCAAAUGUGAGAUAGGUUACAUAUAUGG